GAACCUAAUCACGGGUCAAAGUCUGCACUGUGGCUGGCAGAGUCAGUACAAGCAGAGUGUGUUGUUGUCGCUCACUCUCUGUGCUUCUGUCAGCCUGUCAACAACACCAUGCUGCUCCGGACUGUCCUCCUGCUUCUCCUCUGUGUGUCUGUGGGUAUGUGUGCCACGUUAGGCCACUACCAGGCUCGGGCAGAGGAGGAGGAGGAGGCCCUAGCUCUCACUGACACAGCAGCAGAUUUAGAUGCAGCUGCAGAAGGUGUAGCUCCUGCAGAUGUCCAAGUGGAUGACCCACCAGCUGUGGAUCCAGCAGAUAACUCCCUCCCAGACAACGAUGUGUUGGCGGAUAAACCUGAAGCUGACGUCCCUGAAACAGACAGUGUAGCAGCAGAGGAGCUAGAGGCAAAAAGCAAUGAUGCCCCUGCUGUAGACAACCCAGCAGUGGAUGAGCCAACUGGUGAAGCAGUCAUCAAGGAGCAACCCCCUAAUGAAGACGUCAUAACCCAGGAGGAACCCACAUCUGAUGACGCUGUAACCAAAGUGGAACUUGCUGAGGAAGCUGUCAAACAAGAGAAACCUGCUGAUGAGGAGGAGGAGGACAAUGAAAUCAAACCGGUCCCAACAAAACAGGCCCUGAGCAGACCCUCAGGUCAUGAAGAGAGCAGCAGCUGGGGCAUCAACUCCAUUAGAAAUAGUUUCCAAACCAUGCAUGGCUACUUUGACUCCUUGGUGGAGCUGGUGGGGGGGCACAAUGGUGUGUGUCAGUACCGCUGCAGAUACGGAGAAAUUCCUCAGCCUCGUCCCGGCUACCAGCUCCCUGAGCCAAACGGCUGCAGCUCCUCUCUGGUUGGAUUCCAGGUGAAUUCAGUUCUUGACUUGGGGAUCCCUGCUAUGACAAAUUGCUGCAACGAGCUCGACCUGUGCUACGACACUUGCGGGAUGAGCAAGUACGACUGUGACUCAAGGUUUCGCUCCUGUCUGCAUAGCAUCUGCUCUGACGUCAACAAGAGUCUGGGCUUUGUGUCCAAAGUAGAGGCCUGUGAAUCCAUGGCUGACACUCUCUUCAACACAGUGUGGACUCUUGGUUGUAGGCCUUACAUGAACAGCCAGAGGGCAGCGUGCGUCUGCGUGGGAGAGGAGAGGGAUGAACUGUGACAGAACUCUAUGGAGCAACUCCUGGAUGCUUGAACAGACCUACCUUUCCACAGUAUUUACACAGAUUAGACUGCAUAUUUAUAGACUCUGUCAGUGGAGAGAAACUUCACAAGGGCUCUCUGAAAAGAAAUUCAAGACGACAAAUGGGGAAUGUAAAUGAGCGGUUUCUCCUCUUAUUAAUAGAAAGUUACGGCAUAUAUAUUGAUGUGAAUAUGACUUUCAAAACUUUAAUCAGUCACCUAAACACCCUCUCUUCCACUCUCCACACUGUUUCGUUUUGGGCUGUUUUUAGGCCUCUCCUCUAUGACUCCUUUAUUGUUAAUUACUUUGAUGACUCCAGACAAAGUGCCUGAUGGGAAGGAUAUUGUAGUCACAUUAAUUUCCUCUGUAAUGCAUAGGCAAUAAUUACUCUGGUGUGCAUGGUUCAUAUUGCGGCAAUUUAUCAAGAUAGUCCUCUUAAAACUUAAUCCUGCAAUGCCUAUUACAGCAUCUACAUUAAUGUUUGAUUUAAGUUAUUUUUCAGCGAGUCUUUGUUAUUUUUUAUGAAUGAAUGCAUCGCUAAUUCUUAGAUCAAUUGUUAGGUUAAUGAAGAGUGUGCAUGUUUUCCAGAGACAACACAUUGCUGACACGUCUUCCUCUGCGGCACUCAAAUGUCUGACGUGCUUAGCACCCAUAGAUUAGCCUUAGCAAAUAAGUCAGAAUUCAUCUAUUGAGGAUCCACUUGUAUAUUUCAAGUCAGUGUGAAAUAGCGUGAAUUAUUAAGCAGUUUUAUAAAUUCACUAAAUCUUUGAGCUGUAAUCGAGCCUGAGAAAUGGCUUGAAAGUGUGACCUAGAAAAGCAUCCUUCAUGCUGGAGUUGUUACAAAUGGACUGUGGCCCCUCUGAAUGAUUUCUAAUAGAAAUGUCAUUCACUUUAAUGUCAGGAAAUUGCUCUGCCAGGCAGAGUGGCAGAGAUGCACAAACUUGGAUGUAUUAAGUAGAAUUCAAGUGUUUUCCAGCGCAGUGACUGACACUGGAACAUAAAUAGUAAUAUAAGAGUGUAUAUUUUCUGUACAGUUGCAUGCAUGUGCAUAUUAAAGGGACUUUCCAAGGGCUUCCACACAACCAACCACUCUGUGAAUAAAUAAACUGAAAUGGUUAUUUUCACUUACAUGCCGUUGUAGUUUUAAACACUGGAAUUACAAAGGCAGUUAUUUCAAGAGUUUUAGAUUUCACAUUAAGAUCAAACUAUGAAACAUAAGUCUAGCGUUACCACAGCAUUAGUAAAUAUAACUUAACAUUUAUAAAACCUCAUUGAGUAAUUUAAAUGGUGUCCAUUUACCCUAUCCUGUCUAUUGAAUCAAUUUGCUACCAACUAAUUUUACAAUAUGUGAAUAACUUCCAAAAAGUCACAUCAGUAUCUCCUAGAAGAAAAAAAACAUAAAUGCUUUUUAAGAUUAUAUAGCAGAAGACUGAGUUAUUGACAACCUAGCCAAAUUUAAGCUUGAAAAAGACAUAAAAACAUAUGAUUUCAUUUCAGAAUCAGUUUAGAUGUGCCUCUCUCAAACUCUGAAUAAAAUGCACUUGUUUAAUGAAAACACAGCUUGCAAGAAAAAUGUGAACUGUUGGUCUGAAACAUGCAGUAACUCAUGACUCAGCAGGAAAACUGAAGAUGCCAAAGCUCUCAUUAUUGCAGCAAUAGGGGGCAGAGUUAUAUAAGGGACCCCAGUGCAUCAUGGAUAUCCUAAUUUGGCCCCAUCCAACAGAGCCUUAACCAAAAAAUAAUGAAAUACUUUCUAUUGGCUGAUAAGUGGCUACGCACUGAAUGAUUUCAACACUCUAACCUAUUUUGAAAAUGUGGGAGAAUUUUGUAAUCCUCCAAACACACACAUUUGAUGAUUCAGUCAGACUGCAGGACCACAUGCUUUCUAACAUUGCAAAGCAGAUAGAUUGGCCUGAUUCCAUGUCCGUCAUCUGGAAAAUCCAUCUUGAAAAGCUCUAGUCUGAAACGAUUCAGACCUGACCACUCAGUGUCAUUUGAGGAGAACGGGUCAGUAAGUUUAGUCGUACUAAGAAAGGGUGACAAUGAAUGCUGUCAGUGUAGCAUGUAGCCUGCAAUAGUAUAGCGCCAGUUUUAUCAGACCUUGGCCACAUUUCUUUCUUAAAGCAAGAGCAAAGAGCCACACUGAAAGCUUCUCUUGGCAGAGAUGUUUUUACACUUCUCCAGAAAGUAUGGCAGCACCAGCCUGUUAAGAUCAGGUUAAAACCGGAGCUUUAUAUGUCUACUACCUCAUUUUGUCUUGUCACUAUGAUUGGCCUACGAUGAAUGUGACAGAUGGAACAUCCAAUCACCUUCUGAGGAGUUUUUCAAAAGUCCUGCCCUUCCCAAACACUUUCUAUGGGAGGUUUCCAACAUGAAUGUGCAAUGGAUAUAUGAAACAGUCCAUCGGGUUACAUGCCCUCUGUACCUUUUAACAAUGGAAAUUCCAAAGAAAUUAACCCA